GUAUAUAAGGGCCAUGGGUCAGUGGCUGCAGGAGAGUGGGAAAUAAGUUGCCUUAAAAACUAAUAGAAAGAAAAAGAAGGAAACACAAAGAAAGACAGAACAGCUGUGUGUAUUAUUUCUAACAUUUAAGUCCUUGAAAAAAACUCCCAUAGGAGCCACCAGAAGAAUCAACUCUCUCCGCCUCCCUCCUCUCUCCCCUUACUCUCCUCCUCUGCCUCACCCAGCACUCAUAGCCAUCCAUGAGUGUGACCAACUCCUCUGCCUAUCGAUCGGAGCGUAGUUUCCACCAGACUUCAUCCUCAUCCUCCACCUCUGGUAACCCAUACAUGGAGAAAAGCCGGGGACUGUUCGCUGAGGACUUUGGCUCCUUCAUGAGGCCUGGGAGCGACGCCUUGGGUUUUUCCAGUGGAGCUGGAAAUAUUAAAACUCUUGGGGAUUCAUACCAGUUCACAGUUGAUGUGCGAGACUUCUCCCCUGAAGACGUCAUUGUCACCACAUCCAACAACCAGAUAGAAGUUCGUGCAGAGAAGCUGGCCCAGGAUGGUUCAGUGAUGAACACAUUCACCCACAAGUGCCAGCUACCUGAGGAUGUGGACCCCACCUCAGUGACAUCAUCACUGGGAGCUGAGGGGACCCUAACAGUCCGGGCACGGCGACACCCAGCCAAGCACGAGCUUGCACAGACCUUCCGCACCGAGAUCAAGAUCUAGAGAGUGAUGACUCUCCACCGAACAAACCCCUCACUUCUUUUGUUUUUUAUGUGACUUCCUGUGUUUCCUGUCUUCACUGAAACCAUUCUACUUUUAACACUCAGAGUCGACACAGUGCUCGAUAAAACAUCCUCCCUCCAUGGCUGCAACAAUGCCUGUUGCUGCUCAUUUAUAUUCUAAAUUAGUUCACCACACACAGCAGCAACAGGCCGUACCUGCACAUAACAGACUGAGACACAAGGGCUUGGACAUGUACAGCAUUUUCACAAAGACACGCACACACAUGCAAUUAACUGAGUUCACCAUACCUGUCCUCUGACACAGUUUAAAAACGUGAUUCGCAAUUUUAAAAUUGAUAGUUUCUCAUUAAUAAUAAUUUAUUGUAUAUUAUUUUUUGUGUGAAUAAAAUACGCAAUAUUUGACAAUAAA